AUGCCUCUAUCUAUACUUGCCUCUAUUCCUACAUGCCUCUAUUCCUACACGCCUCUAUCUAUACUUGCCUCCAUUCCUACACGCCUCUAUCUAUACUUACCUCUAUCUAUACUUACCUCUAUUCCUAUAUGCCUCUAUCUAUACUUGCCUCUAUUCCUACACGCCUCUAUUCCUACAUGCCUCUAUUCCUACACGCCUCUAUUCCUACAUGCCUCCAUUCCUACAUGCCUCCAUCCAUACUUGCCUCUAUUCCUACACGCCUCCAUCUAUACUUGCCUCCACUUAUACUUGCAUCUACUCUCUUGUAAUCUCUAA